AUGGAAGAAUUAGACAUAGUAAUAUUGGGAGGAGGCAUUGCUGGUCUUGCAACUUCCCUUGCACUUCACAGGAAGGGUAUAAAGAGCAUUGUGUUGGAGAGAUCAGAGUUGGUAAGAUCUGAAGGAGCAGCAUUUGGUAUUCAGACUAAUGGCUGGCUUGCUCUUCAACAGCUCGGUGUUGCCGACAAGCUUCGUCUUAAUUCGCUUCCGAUACAUCAGAUGAGAGAUGUUUUGAUUGAGAAAGGGAUCAAACGAAGAGAAUCGGUCGGACCGGCAUCGUAUGGAGAAGUAAGAGGUGUAGUAAGGAAUGAUAUGGUCCGAGCUUUGGCUGAUGCUCUUCCUAUUGGAACUAUCCGGCUUGGUUGCGAAAUUGUGUCGGUUAAGCUUGACGAAACGAUGUCGUUUCCGAUCGUUCACGUAAGAAACGGGCCAAAUAUCAAAGCAAAGGUACGUCUAGAGACAGAAGAUACACUACAAGAAUUCAUUAAAAUAGCUGCCGAUUAUUCUGUAGCAAGAAGACAUAAUCUGUCGCAAAAACUAGGCAGGCCACAGAUGGUGACAGCUGAAAUUCGUCGCCUCAGCUCCGACGCUAAACUUGGGCCGUCGCCGUUUUGUAGCCAUUUUGCAACGAACUAG